AUGGCCAGGGCCGAUACAGCUUGCACAGGGCCCUACAAAGACCUAUCCAUAGCAAACUUUUCAGAUGUAUUAUGGGCCUCGGCGUCGUCCUCAUGUUCAUCCCUCCUCUUAGGCACAGGUGUAAGGGACUCGGACAAGGUCAUGGUCAUGAGCAAGGAUGGACAUAUCACGGACGCGUGUUCAAUUAGUCCGCGUGAUGAGGCUUCAUUGUCCAUAUCCACUCACAACACAACCUUUACUGCUGCCAUCGUCGCAGCUGCUACAACUACUGCUAUGCCCAACACUACCGACAACUGCAUUCCUCCCUUAACUCAGGACCACAAGCGCAACUUUUCAUACGCUAAUCUACCGCCAGAACUCAUUGUGCACAUCUUCAAAUUCCUGGUAUCAGCACACGACCUCCGCUCUGCAAUUCUGGUCUGCAAGAUGUGGUGCAAUUGCGGAAUGGAUCUGCUCUGGUCAAAACCUUCUCUUUCGACCUUUGCGACUGCAGAAAGGAUGGUGCAGGCCAUGGCUGGACCCAACACUGUCUUCCCAUAUGCCGAUUACAUUCGCCGACUCAAUCUUUCGUUCUUGGCUCCGGACUUGACUGAUUUGAUUCUGGGACACUUUGCAUUGUGCUCGCGCCUAGAGCGACUCUUGCUUGCAGGAAGUAUCAACAUUACGGACGCCGGCCUGAGGCGGAUCCUGUCCAAUUGCGCAGGAUUAUGUUCACUCGAUCUAUCCGAGAUCCCUGCCAUAACUGAUGCACUGUUGGAGAGUGUUGCGGGAGGGUGUCCUCGGCUGCACACCCUUUACCUGGGUUCGUGCUCGUCUAUCACGGACGACUCUGUGGUCAGGAUAGCAACGAGCUGUCCUCAGCUCAAGCGGAUAAAGCUGAGUCAAUGUGGGUUGUUGACCGACCGGUCUAUCUUAACCUUGACAGGGAAUUGUCCGCAGUUGAUUGAAAUUGAUAUGACCAGCUGCAACCUGGUGUCAAGCGACGCCGUCCACUCUAUCUUUGAGAAUCUCCCCCAGAUUCGUGACAUCAACAUGACGCUCCUUGCCCACAUCUCCGACCAGGCCUUCGCGUCGAUCCACCCCUCAACCCAUCGAUUUGAGCAGCUUCGUAUUCUCAACCUCACAUCAUGUUCGCUCAUCACGGACGAAACGCUCAUCAGGAUCAUCCCAGCUGCACCGCGUCUACGGAGUUUGGCCCUCACAAAGUGCGACAAGAUCACGGACACCGGUGCCAGUGUGAUCAAGACCCUGGGCAAACAUCUGCAUUAUCUGCAUCUAGGCCAUUGUGUCAAGAUCACAGACAGGCUUGUGGCUACAUUAGCACAGCAUUGUACGAGGAUACGAUAUCUGGAUCUCGCCUGUUGUACCAAGCUCACGGACGCCUCUCUGUUUGCGUUGGCACAGUUGCCAAAGUUGCGCAGGAUCGGAUUGGUCAAGUGCUCGAACAUCACGGAUCAUGGCAUCUACGCCAUGUUGCUCUCGCAGGUCCUGGCACAGUCCCUGGAGCGAGUGCACCUGUCGUACUGCAUCCAUCUGUCCGAGAGUGCAGUGGCGGCCCUCGUUACCCAAUGCUCUAAACUGACGCACUUAUCUGUUACGGGUGUGCACGCAUUUAUUUCGCCCAAUUAUCAAAGGUUUUGUCGCGCACCGCCGCCAGAGUUUACAGCUCACCAGCGUGAGGUCUUUUGUGUGUUUUCAGGAAAGGGUGUUCGAGACCUCAGGAGCUAUAUGCAGGAGAAUCCCGUCAUGCUUCCUUCGGAGGCCAGUCUGGCAAGCCUGCGGGCGAGCUAUGGAAGGGCAACUCUGGCCGCGGAUGCUAUUGCCUUGGACGGACCAGAUCACGAGCAGGAGUCUUCCCUUAUGUUGCAUUCGCUUACGGCAGCAACGAUACUGGCGCAGAUGAGCAGUGGCAUGUUGGCAACAGAUGCAGGAAUGAUUACGCAGGCCACAGGGGAUCAACCGCUGGAGACCCUAGCAACAGCAGCGGCGGCAGAGGUAGCAGUUGCGACCGAGGGAGAAGAAGGGGUAGAGGCGGAUGGGCCUGCGGAUAUGGAGGGUGUACUCGAGGAAUCGACGCAAGGGCCACUGGUAUUUCUUGAGGACUCAGGACGGUCGAGCUCUUCCUUUCCAGGUCCUUCAUCACCAACCAGGUUUCCUGUCCUCCAACACCCUCACCAUCGUGCUCCUCACUACUACCAUAGCCAUCGAACUGAUCCUGGCGCUGUCGUGCUGGACGGGUCGGACAUGGAGGUGGACCAAGCGUUUGAAGAAGAUGCACAGGGCACUGACAAUCCAGGAAGACUACCAAGCCCAGGCACACUGGCGCGAUCGCUGAACAGGGAAAGUGAGGGAAGUGGCGCGGGCAGUGCCAGCCCCGCUGAAGAGGAGGAAGAGGAAGCAGAUGACGAGGACGAGGAGCUCUAG